AUGUGCUGUGCGAGAUCUCCUCGCCACCUCCGCCGCCUCCGCUCCCUCCGCCACCGCUGCCGCCUCCUCCGCCUCCACUACUGCCACCGACACCUCCCCCCCCCGCCACCACUCCCACCACCACCCCCACCCCCUCCACUGCCUCCACCACCACCUCCACCGCCCCCGCCAGCCCCUCCAGCGCCCUUACCCCCCUUGCCCUUGCCGGUGCGGCGUCUCCCGCUCGGGGCAGACGCCGCGCCGACCGACUCGAAACCAACGAGGUCGGCAGCAGCAGCAGAAGCAACAGAGGGCAAGAGGGGGGAAGGGGAACACCCCUCAAAGACGGGGGUGUGA